AGCGCAGCGAGAGCAGGUGGCCGCUGCGGGCUCCGUCUCUGCCCCGCAGGUAUGAAGCGGCCGCUAAGCCCAUCGCUUCCUGCUGAGAAGGAGCCCCUGCUGUCUGGAGCUGCUGAGCGUCCCCCGCAGCCCUCAGAACCACCUAAGCCCAAGCGCGAGAGAAAACGGCCAUCGUACACUCUGUGCGACGUCUGCAACAUCCAGCUGAACUCCGCAGCCCAGGCCCAGGUGCACUGUGAGGGGCGGGCCCACCAGAGGCGGCUGCGGCAGCUCAGCCUGGGAAAGUCGCCCACAGGGCCAGCAGGCCCGGCCUCCAGCGCCCCCAGCCCUCUGCUGGCCUCCCUGCCCCUGCCCACAAGGCCUCUGCAGCCCCCGCUGGACUUCAAGCACUUGCUGGCCUUCCACUUCAAUGGCGCCGCCCCGCUCAGUCUCUUCCCCAACUUCAGCACGAUGGACCCAGUCCAGAAAGCUGUCAUCAGCCACACCUUUGGGGUCCCCUCCCCUCUGAAGAAGAAGCUCUUCAUUUCCUGUAACAUCUGUCACCUGAGGUUCAACUCAGCGAACCAGGCCGAAGCACAUUAUAAAGGCCACAAGCAUGCCAGAAAACUCAAGGCCGUUGAAGCCGCCAAGAGCAAGCAGAGGCCCCAAACCCUGGCCCAGGAUGCGACGUUGGUGUCCCCAACCCUGUCUGUGGCCAGCGGAGCCCCUGAAGAGCCACAGAGUAAAGUUCCUGCAGACCCUCCUCCCGGCCCCAUGCUCCAGCCACCACUGACCCCGCACCCGAUGCCCAGGGAGCCAGCGCACUCAGACCUCUUGGAUGCUGCCUCCUCCUCCUCCUCCUCUUCCUCCUGUCCACCCUGCUCCCCGGAGCCUGGGAGAGAGGCACCAGGGCCUGAGCCGGCGGCAGCCGCUGUGGGAAGCGGUGUGAGUGGAGAAGGCAGGAGUGAGAAGGGGCGCCUCUACUGCCCCACGUGUAAGGUGACUGUGAACUCUGCCUCCCAGCUUCAGGCUCACAACACAGGAGCCAAGCACCGGUGGAUGGUGGAAGGUCAGCGAGGGGCUCCCCGAAGGGGCCGGGGCCGCCCAGUGCCCCGGGGAGGAGCUGGACACAAGGCCAAGAGAGUGACUGGGGCCCGCGGGGGCAGGCAGGGGCCCAGCCCCCCUUUUCAUUGUGCUGUUUGUCAGCUCCAGGUCAAUUCAGAGACCCAGCUCAAGCAGCACCUGAGCAGCAGGAGGCACAAAGACCGCCUGGCCGGGAAACCCCCCAAGCCCUCCAGCCAGCACAGCAAGCUGCAGAAGCACGCAGCGCUGGCUGUGAGUAUCCUCAAGUCUAAGCUGGCCUUGCAGAAGCAACUCACCAAGACACUGGCAGCCCGCUUCCUGCCCAGCCCCAUGCCCCCCGCAGCCGCGGCCAUCUGCGCCCUACCAGGGCCCCUGGCCCUCCGUCCUGCCCCCGCCACAGCCACCACCCUCUUCCCGGCUCCCAUCCUGGGCCCCGCGCUGUUCCGCGCCCCGGCAGGGGCUGUCCGCCCUGCCGCGGGACCCAUCCUCUUCGCCCCCUAUUAGCCCACCCACGGAGGCCAGGGCCGACUUGCCAGCAGCCACCCUCCCCCAGAUGCCUCGGUUCCUCCACCCCCCGGGGGGCCUCUUACAGCCUAGGGGUCCCUGACCAAGCCAGGGAGGGCUGGGCUAGUUCCAAGGGCAGCUGCCCCUCAUUCCAUCUGGACGGGGGAUUCAACUAAUAACCCCUGGCCCAAGGGCCAUCCCCACCCUCACUCCCCCAGCCUUCUAGGGCUAGUCCUGGGCUCCCCUGCCUCUCCCUGCCUGAUUUACAGGGAGCAGACUAAGAAAUCCCAAAAGUCUAUGCAAAACCCUAGCCCCGGCCUCAUGGUGCUCUCAUGUCUCCCACUCAAAACCUGUACCCACAUGGCCAAAGGCCCUAGAAAUCUUAACUUGUAGCCUGGGGACAAGUCUGUGACUGACCUCUACUCCCACGCUCUGGGGAGGCCCUCCCCACUCAUUGGAUUCUCUGGAGAAUGGCGACGAGGGAUGGGCUCUCAAGCUGGAGUCGGUUCAACGCUACCUGGACAAGAUGAAUGUGGGGGUGCGGUAGAGACUGGAGGGGAAAGGGAGCAGUGCUGAG